UGAUAGAAAUAGCAGUUUGCAACUAUUGCAAUUUCUCAUGCAAUUUCAGUAGUCUUGUCAGUUAAUUGUACUUAAUUGUAAUUAUCUUUCACAUUGUUAUAUAGACAGGCUAGCUGAUUUCGCUGCUAAAUAAAAAAGGUAAACGUAAGUGGCUGGCACUGUGGACUCACACCUCCCGGUUAGUGUGCAGUUGUGUCCUAGCUUGUGCCCUGCGAUAGACUUGCAUCGUGUUCGAGGGGGGUGUCCCGCCUUGUGCCAUACCCAGCCUGGGAUAGGCUACAGACCGCUAACCCUGUCCAGGAUAUACAGUUGAAUGGCUGGAUGGAUGACAGAAUUUUAACACAGUAUUCUACGAGACUGGCAUAAAUCUAAGUCUAAAACCACCCAUUCUGUUUAUUAAGUUGUUAGAUAACUGUCAUGGUUGUGUGUAAAAGACAGUUACAUGUUUGCAUGGCGAGUGUUCCUCAUCGCGCGCCUGCGUGUAAUAAGCUUAAACACGCGUAAUUUGUCCUUUGCAUAACCCUGUAAUUCCUCCUAAACACCUUUCCCGCAGAUUACACCUGACCAGAGCUUAGCAUACUCUGCAAUCUGCUACAGGCAAGGCCGCAUUUACUCCAGUGCUUCUGGGAACUAUUUUUAAAGGGUCUAGUUAUUUAAUCCUUUGAUGACGUGCAGGCAAGUUACACGUAAUGAUAUGCCCUUCCAGUUCUGCAGAACUCAACUUUUUGUUUCUGUAACACAGUGGACGACAGCCCAAAUGUGAAAUUAAAUUACAUCUGGAAUUCUAGGACAGAUUCUCAGCAGGGAAACCGAUUUAUGACGAUAAUUUAUUAAAGUUGUACUGGUUAGUAGUUUGAAGGCUGUGGCACAUUAACUGCCAGAUUAACUUGACACCACAGGGUAAAUAGUGCAGCAUGAUAACAGAUUCCAGAAAGUUCUAGCAGUGAACUCAGCGAAAGCAUGGUGAAGAUCACAUAUAUGAGAGGUAGAAUGUGUGAUUAUGUUAAUCUAAUUUGCUAGACCAUCUCUGCACUUUAAUCAGGGAUGGAUUUAAUGAACAGGCUUGCUUAUGCUGCAGCAUAGGGCCCCAGAGUGAUCAGGGGCCCGCCUACUGGCCAGCAAUUUUUUUUAAAGUGAUCCAUUAUUGGUUGUUUAUAUGCUUGCAAGUUGGGGAUUGGUUAAAACUCAAUGGGGAGACCAAUUCUAGAGGCAUCUCUUUCUUGGCGAUCUUCUUAUACCGUUGUGAAUUUUCUGGUAUGAUUAUGCGUAGUCUGUUUCCUGUGUAAAAUGGAUUAUAUGAGCCUGAUCAGUACGUUCUAUGCCAGGAAAACUUUCUAAUGGUAAGCACUUAUUUUAUUUUAUUUUGAAAUUUGCCUUCCUCUGUAUAGUUAUCUAUGGUAAAUGUGUGGUGAGUGCACAGUGUGGAUGCAGUGAGUGCACAGUGUGGAUGCAGUGAGUGCACAGUGUGGAUGCAGUGAGUGCACAGUGUGGAUGCAGUNGUGAGUGCACAGUGUGGAUGCAGUGAGUGCACAGUGUGGAUGCAGUGAGUGCACAGUGUGGAUGCAGUGAGUGCACAGUGUGGAUGCAGUUGACACGCACUGGGUCACGCUGUAAUGUUUUAAGUUUACCGAUGUUGUGAUGCCUUUGCUCAGUGAGGUCUCUGUUGGGCUCUUUCAUGUUGCUGCGUCUGACUCGUGAAAGUGCAAGCUUGCCUGUUUGUUGUUCUUCUGAUGUGGUUGCUCUCAUUUGAUAGAGCGUCACAUUCUCUUUGACUUUGUAGAAAUGAUUUUAUAGUUAAUAAUACUUAUUAGUUUUACAUUUAAUUGUUGAAUCGUUUUGGGCAGUGGGGGCAGAAGAGGGGCCUCUGAAAAGUGUGGCCUAGGAACCCCUGAACUCCUCAAUCCAUCACUGACUAGGAUUAAGCGAACAAAACUGAUGUUGUUUGUUAGAUGACUUUUUUACAAAAUGGUGGUCUACUGUGGUGUGCAGUGGAGAACUGCAGUGUACAGUGGAGCACUUCGAAGUACUGUGGCUUAUAUCAGGGAGCUCCCCCAGAGAUGAUUGGCCGGAUUGGCUGGUGUUGGCAAACUCUGCAUUAGGCUGAAUGCCCACAGAGCUGCCCACUGCAGCCUCCAUCGUGACCUUUCUGGAGGGGCUUGCAUGGUCUGCUGGGUAUCUGACUUUGGGCGGUACUCUGCAUCCAACCUUUCUUCCAGUGACAGCUCUGUUCUCUUAAAUGCCAAGAUGGAACAGCAUCCCACCGGUGACACAGCAGUGACGUCUGGACGCCUUCGCUAGAGGACAGGCAUGGCUUUGUGGUCAGGGCAUUUAGCAUAAGCCUUGUUGCUGGGAACACACCCCUCCUCCACUUCAUGAUCAAGAAGACCCGCCGAAAACAGGGUCUCCUGACGGGCGAGGCGGCAUGAUGAAUCGCUACACGACACUGAAGCAGCUGGGCGAUGGCACUUACGGCAGCGUCCUCAUGGGCAAGAGCAACGAGUCCGGCGAGCUGGUGGCCAUCAAGCGAAUGAAGAGGAAGUUUUACUCGUGGGAAGAGUGCAUAAACCUGAGAGAAGUCAAGUCUCUCAAGAAACUUAGUCAUGCCAACAUUGUGAAAUUAAAGGAGGUCAUUCGGGAGAAUGACCACUUGUACUUUGUGUUUGAGUACAUGAAAGAGAACCUCUAUCAGCUUAUGAAGGACAGGGAAAAUAAGAUGUUCUCUGAGAAUGAAAUUCGGAACGUAACGUUCCAGGUGCUCUCUGGUUUAGCAUUUGUGCAUAAGCAUGGCUUUUUCCACCGUGACAUGAAGCCCGAGAACCUGCUCUGCAUGGGCCCUGAGCUGGUGAAGAUAGCGGAUUUUGGGUUAGCGAGGGAGAUCCGCUCUCGGCCUCCGUACACAGACUACGUGUCCACGAGAUGGUACCGAGCUCCAGAAGUGUUGCUCAGGUCGCCAUCCUAUAACUCCCCCAUCGAUGUGUGGGCCGUGGGCUGCAUCAUGGCCGAGCUCUACACCUUGCGGCCGCUCUUCCCCGGCAACAGCGAGGUGGACGAGAUCUUCAAGAUCUGCCAGGUCCUUGGCACAGUGAAGAAGAGCGACUGGCCAGAAGGCCAUCAUCUGGCCUCGGCGAUGAGUUUCAGAUUCCCACAGUGUGUCCCGACCAACCUGAAAACGCUCAUCCCCAAUGCCAGCAGCGAGGCCAUAUCCCUUAUGAAGGACAUGCUGCAGUGGGACCCCAAGAAGAGGCCCACGGCCAUGCAGGCUCUGAAGUACCCCUACUUCCAAGUGGGGCAGGUUCUAGGUCCACCCAGCCAGUAUCAAGACCAGCACAAGCCCCAGGUGAGGACGGUGCCCCUGGAGGCCCCAGAGCAGCCGCAGAAGGUUCCAGGCUUGGACCAGAGUAGGCUCCGCCUCCAGCCUCUGCAGCAGAUUCCUGUGCCCCAGCAAAACUCCACCCAGGAUCAGUGCCAUGGAGGCAGCGAAACAAAGAAAACUGUGCCACUCAGCCUCGGCAGCAGCUACACUACAGCGAAAGCAGCUCCGGCAGGCAGCGAGAAGAGCGUGAUGGGGAUGAAGAGCGGCCGCAGGCGGUGGGGUCAGAGCAUUCUGAAAGCAGCUGACAGCUGGGAGGACUUUGAUGAUGCUGACAUGGGCGUGUCCUACUCAAAAAAGCCCAGUAUCUCUUCAGUCAAGGAGCAAACCCGGCCCGUGGAGGUAAAACCCUUGAAUUCCUACAGUGCUGUCAUCAAGUUGCCAAGCAGCAGCGCUCUGAAGCGGAUUGACUCCGAGACAUCCACCUCUUCAUCCGCCAAACAGCACUACCUAAGGCAGUCACGGUAUCUCCCUGGAGUGAAUCCCAAGAAUACAUUGUUAGUUGGGAAUAAGGACUUGGGGAAUGAUCUCUGGGGUGGUGGGGAUGCUUUACUCCGCAAGCCACUGGGGCCUGUUGGAGCCGCACUGUCACUUUCCAGGGUCAAUGCAGAAAGUGUAGCUAAACCCUCAAACAAACCUGCAUUAAAAGAAAAGAUUCUUGACCAAAUGGAGCAUCUUAAAGGGAAUUUUGUGACCACGAACUUCAGCCCGGCUGGUAGUUACAUCACAUCGUAUCACAAGAAGGAACCUGGAUCUGCAGGACAGCGGCUUCACCUGGAUCCUUUGGGUGGCACAUGUGCAAUUGACCUUUCUUGUACUGCUGCUCUUAGAAACAACAAACUGAAACCAUCAAAGUUAAAAUCACCUUCCAAUAAAGCUGUGUCUGAAGAAUAUGAAGGCUGGAAAAUGAAAGCAUCCAAAUCGCAGAUGCCAGGGACCAGCUUUGCUACACCAGGGAAGGGCCUGCUGUCCAGAGCUGCUCCAGUGCAGCCAGUCCAUGGAAGAAUAGACUGGGCUGCCAAAUAUGGAGGCCAUCGGUAGCACCAUGAUCCACCAGAACAUCCCACGUAUUUGGCAACAACACGCAGGCCUCUCCAUGUGGGAAAACCUGUGUGAGGUGAGGGAGACUUUGCCUUGAACUGGGCGUCCGUCAUCUGGGUGUCGCCGUUAUCCCCGUGCAGAAAAUGUCUAAGGAUGAUUACAUGCAAAGGUAUAUUACUUACCAGGCAUGAUAAUGUGGCUUUUAGAUAUUAAAAGUUUGACCCAAUAGGUUUCCCUGUCAGAUAUAAUUUGUCUUGUUCAGUUAGCGAUCUGCUUUGCGGAAAAAAGAUAAUAUAAAGGAGGUUACAACUUACUAAAUCAUUUUUGUACUGGAGAAAAAACACUUGAGUUGCUCUUUUAGAAUCCAACCAUGAUAAGACUGAUGUCUUUGCAUAGUACUGUGUUGAAUACUUGUACUAUAGCAUGAAAUUUUAAAAUUAUUUCAAGAUUUGUAUGAAAAACAUUUGUUUGGAUAUAUAUGCAAAACACAAGAGAGUGAAAUCUAACCACAGAAACUUGCCCGAAGUGAGAUUUGGGUUAUUUGCUGGUCCCAGUACAGUAUUUUCUGUAAAAUGGUUUAUUUUAGAACCCCUGCAUAGAAUAUAGAUUUAAUUUUCCAGUAAAGUGCUUUAAAAGCAUAAGACAUAUACAUAAGGUAACAUAUUUAUUGUCUUGUUUUAAAUGCAUUGUAUUUUUACUUAUGUAUUACAGUCUCUUAAAUAUAACAUGACCUUUCCAGAUUUGUUUUUAAGAACCAAAAUGCCAUACACGUGUCUACUUGGUUUUACAUAGUAACUUUUUAAUGAGGAGCAUUCCUCUUGUGCAUUCAUACUUUUAUAAUUUUUCUUGUACAAUAAAAUUUGCAAUAGUUUACAAAUUU